UGCGCCGGGCGCGGGUGACGGACGGUGCUUUGAACCCGGCGCCGGGGUGGCGGCGCGGGCUGGGGUCCGGGGCGGGAUCGGAGUACGGGCCAGAUAGGACCUAGGCAACCGUUAAUCCUCCUGGCAUGGCGGCCGAGGCGCGCGUAUCGCGCUGGUACUUUGGGGGCCUGGCCUCGUGCGGGGCCGCCUGCUGCACCCACCCGCUGGACCUGCUCAAGGUGCACCUGCAGACGCAGCAGGAGGUGAAGCUGCGCAUGACGGGCAUGGCGCUGCAGGUGGUGCGCUCCGACGGCGUCCUCGCGCUCUACAACGGCCUGAGCGCCUCCCUGUGCAGACAGAUGACCUACUCCCUGACCCGGUUCGCCAUCUACGAGACCGUGCGGGACCGGGUGGCCAAGGGCAGUGAGGGGCCCUUGCCUUUCUACAAGAAGGUGUUGCUGGGCUCCAUCAGUGGUUGCAUCGGCGGCUUCGUGGGGACUCCCGCAGACAUGGUCAACGUCAGGAUGCAGAAUGACAUGAAGCUGCCCCAGAGUCAGCGCCGGAACUAUGCCCACGCCCUGGAUGGCCUGUACCGCGUGGCCCGGGAAGAGGGUCUGAGGAAGCUGUUCUCGGGUGCGACCAUGGCGUCCAGUCGAGGGAUGCUGGUUACCGUGGGCCAGCUGUCCUGCUAUGACCAGGCCAAGCAGCUGGUCCUCAGCACAGGGCGCCUGUCUGACGGCAUCGUCACACACUUCGUCGCCAGCUUCAUCGCGGGGGGAUGCGCCACGGUCCUGUGCCAGCCCCUGGACGUGCUGAAGACCCGCCUGAUGAACUCCAAGGGCGAGUACCGGGGCGUUCUCCACUGCACCAUGGAGACGGCCAAGCUCGGGCCACUGGCCUUCUACAAGGGCCUCCUGCCGGCUGGCAUCCGCCUCAUGCCGCACACCGUGCUCACCUUCGUGUUCCUGGAACAGCUUCGCAAGCACUUUGGCAUCCGAGUGCCCUCCUGACGGGGCGGUGGGAGUGGGCGGGCCACGCCGGCCCCCAGCGCCAGGCCCCCCGCGUCCCCAGCCGAGCCCCGCCCCCCGGCCCGGGUCCGACCGCCACCACCCUCCCGGCGGCCUGGUCAGCGCUCCUUUCAGGGAUGGUGCCCCCGGCCCCUGCAGCCCUGGAGCCUCACCGGCCCUGCCCGCCGGAGGGGCGGCGUCCGGCCCAGGUUCCUCUCUCCCCGGGAGGCCGUCAGCACGGGACGUGGGAGGGCCGGGCUGUCCAGGUUUUCCAGGGCCCCCGGCCCGAGGUUGCUCUCACGGGUCAGACGCCCGAGGUCCUCAGCACCACCUUCCAGCAGCUCCGUCCGGGACCGGUGUGCGUGUGCGCGGGCACGUUGACCGUGGGAGGAGAGGGCCGGGGCUCUCCGAGGCUGUGGGGGUCGCUGGGCCCCAGCUGCUGGGCCAGGGAACAAAGAAGGCAGGUGGGGGGGUGUCUCGCCUGCCCCCAGUCGCUUUAACGAUUAGUUUUGCCAAAAACUUCUCGGCACCCAGAGGCCACGGCUGUCUUCAGGGACAGCGCAGUGACUCUCCUGGGCAACGCGGGCUGUGAUGUGGCCGCAGGGCCCCCCUGUGUGGGCAGCUGGCCACGCCUCAAGGCCCCAGCAGCUGGUCAGCCAAAGCAGCCUGUCCCCCCCGCAGUGAAACGGGGCCUGCACCUGUGUGCUUCCCCAGGCCCCGGGAACUGUGUCCUCUCCCCAGUGAGGGACCCCUCUGCAGGGACAGUAAUAAAGGACAGUGAACUGCCCCUUGUCUGGUCCCUGCAUCUCGGCCGCUCUGUGCUGUCCAGGGGCAGCAAGGCCCCACGCGC